AUGCGUCCUGCAGCAAUCAUUACCUUGGCCAUUGCGGCUGUUCCCGCCUUCGCCCAGAGCUCCGGCAACGGCACCUGCGCGCUGAACCCAUACAAGCCCGAGGACACCACCCUGAAGUGCAUCUGGGGCCAGCUGGCCAACAUCCAGGAGUGCGCCGGCGGCACUUCUUGCUCUGAGAAGGGCAACCCCUGCUGGUACACCCAGAGCUGCGAGGGCUGCGCUUGGUGGGUCAAGUGCACCUAA